AUGUAUAGUCCGGUAUCAGCUAUUGUGGUUGAUACGAACUUUUUAAUGUCAAAUCUUGACAUUGUGGAAAAGUUAUGUGAACUGGCGGUUACCUAUAGCCAUGCAAUUGUGGUUCCGUAUCAAGUUCUCCAGGAACUCGACGGACUGAAAUCCAGUUUUGACAGUAGUAAGUCGUUUAAAGCUCGAUCAGGUGCUAAUUGGCUUUACGAGAAGCUGGCUAAUAGUACUCCUUGUGUGGUAGGACAGGGGAUUGAUGAUACUCUGACUUCGGGCUUGGAUGGUGACGACGCGAUUCUCGACUGUUGUAGGUACUAUCACCAGAUGCACAAUGUCUUUACUGUAUUGUUGAGCAAUGAUCGUAUUCUGUGUACUAAAGCACUUGUCAAUAACAUUCGUACUGUGACGUUUGUUCCAGGAAUGACUGCUACCCAGAUUGCCCAGAUAGUCAAUAGUUCAGCCAAUGGUGGUGAUACUUAUAUUCCAGACACAGAUGCCAUGGUCGAUAUUGCCAUGAAAGAGGAUGAAUCUAGUUUGAAAGAUGGUCUAGACGAAGCUAUUUCACGAGCUCCUCUUGAAGCUUCAUCAUUGGGCUCUAAAUCAAGAAAAAGCCCACCACUGCGAAAAAAUGGCAAGAAGCGAAAAAUGACACUUGAAGAGCUAAACGAGUCAGUAGGACUGGACAAAAACAUAAAUCAUCAGCUAGAAGAUCUUGAAAUAGGCCGCAGUCAGAAGAGGAAAACAUCACAGAAUGGAUCACUCCCACUUACUAGUCACACAACUGAUUUAAGUGCCAUUGAAGAACAUUCCAAAAUUAAAAGUAGUGGUGAGCUGGGAAGUCCGGAUUCGUCAAGAAAAAAGCUGGUAGCUAAAAGUAUAACAGGUAGAUCCUCAUUCCGACUAACUUCACGGCAUGCUCCUGAUCAGAAAGAAUCGCUACCUCAGUUACACACCACAUUGCCGGAUAUAGCUUCAAAUGGAAGACCCAAACUGGAUAAAAUAGAAGAAUAUUUGUGCAAACAGAUUGCUGAUUGCAUAGACCGACUAAUGACUAAAAACUACAAACCAGAAGAAUUGAGCUAUUUACAAUACAGUAAACCAACUGGGAGGGAUGGGUUCAGAGCGUUGGCCGAGAUAAUCGACAAUUUCCGAGUCUCGGUCUUCGGCCCUAUAAUUCCUUGGUCACUUCGUAGCAAAAUCACUCCGAGAAUGAUGGAAAAACGGAUUACAACUAAUAAAGAACUAGUCCAGCUAAUAAAGAGCUGGGGCCAGGUCUGGCUGGCUCUAAGUGACGGUGUUUUUGACAAGAAGAGUGUUGAAAAGUCUAUUGAUGACCUUUUACGAGCCAUAUCUGUUUAG